UUUAACUUAAAAUGAACGAUGAAUCAUAUAUUUCUGUGUGUGUGCUCGCAAACCUCACGAUGUGAAGCAUAUUACAGUGGAUACUUGAAGAGUUUCCCCAAACUAACACCUCCCCUCUCCUCCGUCUUUAAAGUGGUCUGCUCCGUCUUGCUGCCAUGUUGGAUGUACGCAUCGCUGCUGCAGCUGCUGGAGUUUCCGAAUGAAAGUUGAGCGUUUAUCCGCGUACGGACACGUAGCGACUCCUUCAUUUUUUAUUUAACACCAACACGGAGGAGUUAUUGUUCUUUCCUGAGCAAGAGCAAGCCUGGAAAACAGCUCCCCGUCCUUCUCCGCCCUCCAGCCCGGAGUCGGACUCAGCGGAGAUGAUCCGGUUGCAGGCCAUAGCAACCGGAGCCCGCAUGGAUUUUCUGUAAUUGGUAGUGUUUGCCGAGUCCGUCCGGGGAAAACUGCAUCGUUUAGUGGGGUUAACUAGAAGACUUCGGAGCCAUGAACAGCCACCAGCCGCCCCGAAGGUCCGCUAACGUCGGCUCCAUCCUCCUGACCCCGCAGGAAAACGAGUGCCUGUUCGGCUACCUGGGAAGAAAAUGCGCCACUCUGUGUUCGGCAGUGGUCCAGGUAUACUGUGCAGACCGGAGCUGCAACUGGGUGAAGAGGUGCUGUGGAGUGGCCUGUCUGGUCAAAGACAACCCUCAGAGGUCCUACUUCAUCAGAGUGUUUGAUAUCAAGGAAGGGAAAACCAUGUUUGAACAAGAACUGUACCACAACUUCUCUAUCAGCAGCUCCAGAUCCUACUUCAUCAUGUUUGCAGGCGAUACCUGUCAGAUCGGUCUGAACUUCGCCAGCGAAGAGGAGGCCAAAAGAUUCAGAGCGGCAGUUAACGACCUGCUCAACCGACGACAACGCAAAACUGAGAAGAGAGGUGACACUAAAAAUGGUCCAGCUCUGCACAUGGCCGUGGUGGACAUCAAGAACCCGGAGAUCAACAACGUCCGAUUCCACAACUCCCACAGCCACCAGCAGCCGUACCACCUCAACAACAUGCUGAGCCACAGCGGGCUGUCCCGGAAGGACAAGAAGACCAAAGGCAAGAAGAAGAAGCUGACGAAGGCUGACAUUGGCACGCCCAGCAACUUCCAGCACAUCGGUCACGUGGGCUGGGAUCCAAACACAGGUUUUGAUCUCAACAACCUGGAUCCUGAACUGAAGAACCUGUUCGACAUGUGCGGCAUCUCUGAGGCUCAGCUGAAGGACCGAGAGACGUCCAAGGUCAUCUACGACUUCAUCGAGAAGAAAGGAGGGGUGGAGGCUGUCAAAAACGAACUGAGGAGGCAGGCACCCCCUCCACCUCCUAUUCGUGGCGGUCCCCCUCCUCCUCCUCCGCCCCCCCACAGCUCAGCUACACCCCCUCCUCCUCCCCCGUCAAGAGGAGGCAGGGGGGCCCCUCCUCCCCCUCCGCCGUCGAGAGCCCCUGCCUCAGCUCCUCCUCCUCCUCCCCCCACUAGACCAGGAACUCUAGGUGCCCCGCCUCCUCCACCUCCUCCCACCAGGGGAGGUCACCAGCCCCCUCCUCCCCCCCACCAUCACCACCACCACCACCAGCCUCCCCCUCCUCCUCCUCAGUCUUCCUUGCACUCGUCCAUUGCUCCGCAAGCCCCACCCCCUCCACCUCCCCCAUUGGCCCAGCACUCUCCAGUAGGCAACGGAGGCGGCGCGGCUCCUGCUCCACCACCUCCGCCGCCGCCUCCACCUCCCCCUCCGCCCCCAGAGCUGGAUGGCGGUGGAGGCGGAGACUCCCCUCAUUCGCCAAGUCCCGGCGGGAAGUCGGCACUGCUGGAGCAGAUUAGAGGAGGAGCCCAGCUGAAGAAGGUGGAGCAGAACCACCGAGCGCCGGCUUCCGGGAUUGGACGGGACGCCCUGCUGGACCAGAUCCGACAGGGAAUCCAGCUCAAGACCGUGCCAGAUAAUCCAGAGUCCGGCCCUCCAACGCCAGCUCCCACCGCGGGCAUUGUCGGCGCUCUGAUGGAGGUGAUGCAGAAGAGGAGCAAAGCCAUCCAUUCCUCAGACGAAGACGAGGAUGACGACGAAGACGAGGACUUCGAAGACGACGACGAGUGGGACGACUAGUGAAGAUUUCUCUCCUCAACCCCGGUCCCUCCGCACCUACCGCUGACACUAAAAUAUCUUCUAAAAAUCUUCCAGCAUCUGACUAAAAUGUUGUAAAUGUUGUAUGAAUUGGCUGUAUAUUUAUUUUUGCCUUUUUGUUUUGUUUUUUUUUGUUUUUUUUAUGACCAUUAUAAUUAAUCUGUGCAAUACCUCAUCCGUUAAAUCUGUGUUGUUCGUUACACACCCUCAUCGUUAAAAGACACUUUCCCCCGGACGUCUGUCAUAAAAAAGCACUUAACACCGCCAUCAGCACAAUGUGGAGACACCGCCGGCGUCAUGUCAUUAUCAAUAAUCAAUAAUAUAAACACUAGCUGCACCACUGAGGGGAAUCUGAAUUGCGGUCUUCUUGUGCUCCUUGGGAAAUAUUUUUUUUGUGUUCAUUUCUUCGUGUUUUCAUUCCUCGUGGAAAAACAAACUGAAAGGGAGACGUACGUGUGACCAAACAGGCAGGAUCCUCUUUGUGUUUGACUGUGGUCGGUUUAAAUGCGAGAUAACACUAUUUUCUUACCGUGCUUCUUUUCGUACCUCCGAGUUUCCUAAUAAAUCGUAGUUUAGUCGUGUUAUUUUUUCAUAAAUACUUUGACCAAAAUGCGGCGGCGGCUCAGUCGCCUCAUGUGGAUUUUCAACUUUUAUUUUUUAUGAAAUUAAAGCCGUUUAUUUGCACACAGUUUAUAUGAUAGUUCAGUUUUGUGUUUUUCUGGUGUGUGUUUUGUCAAAUAAUUUGUAGCCUAUUUUUUAUUUCAAGCAGGUCACAGCGAAGGUGGACACUUUUAAAAGCUAAAGGUGACCUUUAAAGAGGAGUACAAACAUGAGUGACGAUGUUUCAGUUAGUGACUUUAUUUUUUUUGGCUUAAUACAAAAACUUGUCCACACCCAUUCACUCACACUGUGGCAUUUGUGAAAUGAUGAAAGUUUUCUUCUUAAUGUCUGGUUGAUUGAUUUUUUUCAUUCCGUUAUUUCCAGCUGUAGGAAACAACAGUGGUCUGAUCAGUAUUUCAAACAAAUAUCAUCACGCAAAGCACUAAAAGAUUUAAAUAAAUAAAUAAAAAAACUUUCAUCCUCUUCAGUUAACAAACUAUAAUUUUAUGCAAUGCGACUGUAAAUGCCUCCUUAAUGGAAAAAUAAUUUAAAAAAGCAAAUAAUGAACCAAAUGUGGCAUUAUCAAGCAGCUUGUGGGUUUGGCAAUGCCUGUGAUCCUCCGUCUGUAAACGGUGUAAAGAAAUAACCAACGCUCGAUUUAACUGUUCGUCUUAGCGUUUUUACCGUCCUCCAGCGAGGCUUAAUGCUGCAUCGAGAAGCCGAGAUACUGACAGAACCUGUGAAGAGGGGUGGGGGGGGGCGCAAUGAAAAUACUAAAUUGUAUACUUAAAUAAAUGUUAAUAUUUACAG